GGCCUGACUCAGACCAUGCAGCGCCACGAGGAUCCUGAAGCCCUGCAGAAGACGGUCAAAUGUGCCGUGCAGGACUACAGCUAUAAGGGUUCCAUACCAGGCCACCCCUACUUUCCUGAGAAAUACUGGCUCUGUCAAGAGGAAGACAAAUGGACCCCAUACUACCUAUGUGGUGACUGGUAUAACACAUGGAGGAUGGGACCUUACAACUGCACCGGCUGGAACAAAUAUACCACGUGCCUUCCCCAGCUAACUAAGGAGGCGGGAAUGGAGACAGCUGUUCGAGGAAUGCCUUUGCAGUGCCCUCCUAAGCCGGAACGACUCAACGCCUAUGAGCGCGAGGUGGUGGUGAACAUGUUGAACUCGCUGUCACGGAACCAGCUGCUGCCGCAGAUCACGCCCCGAUGCGGGUGCGUGGAUCCUCUGCCCCGCCGCCUGCCCUUCCAGGGUUAUGAAAGCCCUUGCUCGGGCCGCCACUACUGUCUACGUGGGAUGGACUACUACGUCACCGGAGCACCCUGCACGGAACGCCGCUUCCGGCCUUUGUGCACAGAGCAGCCGACUGUAAGGAGUGUACUGACCUACGAGCACCGGCCCGGAAUGCAAUGUGCUGUUAUAACUCCCCCGCCGUCAUACUACCCUUGUCCGAACCUUAGAAUCAGGCAGUCCAGGUUCAGAUGCUCUUUGUCGGGUGGUCCCACUGCCCACUCCUUCCCUAACUAGGGGCUCAUGCCCCAGAACCCUCAGGAGAAGAGCCAAGCCUACCCCCGCUGCCGCCCUGGGAGCCGCGCAAACCGUAAGAGCCCCAAGGUCAUCGCAGCUGCAGCUAUGUACACCUUCUUGCCUGAUAACUUCUCGCCGGCCAAGCCCAAGCCCUCCAAAGAGCUGAAACCGCUCCUAGGCUCCGCGGUCCUGGGGUUGCUGCUGGUGUUGGCCGCAGUGGUGGCCUGGUGCUACUACAGCGCCUCUCUACGCAAAGCGGAACGCCUGCGCGCGGAGCUGCUGGACCUCAACCGAGGCGGCUUCUCCAUCCGCAACCAGAAGGGCGAGCAGGUCUUCCGCCUGGCCUUCCGCUCAGGGGCACUGGACCUCGACUCCUGCAGCCGCGACGGCGCGGUCCUCGGUUGUUCUCGCACAGCCGAUGGGCGCCCCCUGCAUUUCUUCAUCCAGACUGUGAGGCCCAAGGAUACGGUCAUGUGCUACCGCGUGCGCUGGGAGGAGGCAGCUCCAGGGCGCGAGGUGGAACACGCUAUGUUCCUGGGCGAUGCAGCGGCACACUGGUACGGUGGUGCUGAGAUGAGGACCCAGCACUGGCCCAUCCGCCUGGACGGCCAGCAGGAGCCUCAGCCCUUUGUCACCAGCGAUGUCUACUCCUCCGGCGCUGCAUUCGGAGGCAUCCUCGAGCGCUACUGGCUGUCAUCGCGUGCAGCUGCCAUCAAGGUCAACGACUCCGUGCCCUUCCACCUGGGCUGGAACAGCACGGAGCGCUCGCUGCGGCUGCAGGCACGCUACCACAACACGCCCUACAAGCCACCUGCGGGCCGCCCUGCCGUGCCAGAGCUCAGCUACCGCGUGUGUGUCGGCUCCGACGUCACUUCCAUCCACAAAUACAUGGUGCGGCGCUAUUUCAACAAGCCCUCGAGGGUGCCAGCACCCGAGGCCUUCCGGGACCCCAUCUGGUCCACGUGGGUGCUGUACGGGCGUGCCGUGGACCAGGACAAAGUGCAGCGUUUCGCCCAGCAGAUCCGCCAGCACCGAUUCAACAGCAGCCACUUGGAAAUAGACGAUAUGUACACCCCUGCCUAUGGAGACUUCGACUUCGACGAGACCAAGUUCCCCAAUGCCAGCGACAUGUUCCGCCGUCUGCGUGAUGCCGGCUUUCGCGUCACGCUCUGGGUUCACCCGUUUGUCAACUACAACUCAUCGUGCUUUGGUGAGGGCGUGGAACGCGAGCUGUUCGUGCGCGAACCCACCGGCCGGCUGCCCGCACUCGUGCGCUGGUGGAACGGCAUCGGCGCGGUGCUCGACUUCACACGCCCGGAGGCUCGAGACUGGUUCCAGGGGCACCUGCGGCGGCUGCGCUCACGCUACGCUGUGGCCUCCUUCAAGUUUGACGCAGGCGAAGUCAGCUAUUUACCGCGGGACUUCAGCACCUACAGGCCGCUGUCCGACCCCAGCAUAUGGAGCCGACGCUACACUGAAAUGGCACUGCCCUUCUUCUCCCUGGCGGAGGUCCGCGUGGGCUACCAGUCACAGAACAUCUCAUGCUUCUUCCGCCUAGUGGACCGCGACUCGGUGUGGGGCUAUGAUCUGGGGCUGCGCUCACUCAUACCCGCCGUGCUCACCGUCAGCAUGCUGGGCUACCCAUUCAUCCUGCCCGAUAUGGUGGGUGGCAACGCAGUGUCUGAGCGCACAGCGGGCGGUGGCGAGGUGCCCGAGCGCGAGCUCUACGUGCGCUGGCUGGAGGUGGCCGCCUUCAUGCCCGCUAUGCAGUUCUCAGUCCCGCCCUGGCAAUAUGAUGCCGAAGUGGUGGCUAUCGCGCACAAGUUUGCCGCACUGAGGGCCUCGCUCGUAGCGCCGCUAUUGCUGGAGCUGGCUGGUGAGGUCACUGACACAGGCGACCCCAUCGUGCGCCCCCUCUGGUGGAUUGCGCCCGGUGACGAGACGGCACACCGCAUCGACUCGCAGUUCCUUAUCGGAGACACGCUGCUGGUGGCACCAGUCCUGGAGCCCGGCAAGCAGGAGCGAGACGUCUACCUGCCUGCAGGCAAGUGGCGCAGCUACAAGGGCGAGCUUUUUGACAAAACCCCAGUGCUGCUCACCGAUUACCCCGUCGACCUGGACGAGGUCGCCUACUUCGUCUGGGCAUCCUGACCCAGCCCAGGACCCAGGAACCCCACAGCCCUAACCUCUGCCUUCAUGCAGGCCUUUCACCCUCCAUCACAACCACAUCGUGUAUCCCCAGGACGUCUCCACCUCUGCACCACCCACUAAGUGGGUGCCGACAUAAAUGUGCCCAACCAGCUGGGGUAGGGCCAGGUGAGGGGGCGCUGAAGCAACUUCCCUUUCUAACAAUCCGAAAGACUGUUCCCCUCCACACUCACUCCAGUCUGCCAACUGGAGUGAGGUGGAAGAGAACUUGGAAGGAAAAGGUCAGCUCUCUUCCUGUUACACAUGAUUGUGUUUUAAAAGCACAAAAAGAAACCUUACCCUCCAUCUUGACCUGAAUGGCCAUCUUUGCCCUUCUGAGGUGGGGACUUGAUCCUCUUUAAGGUCCCAAAAUAGCCCCCUGCCACACUUAGAAGGGCACAUUCUUGAUGUUGGAAGCCAGGUCCAGAGUUCCCAGCACUGGCUUGAAAUAUGGCUGACCUGGUCGCACCCCAGCUAGGGAGAUGGGAUGGAGGUGUCGGGGCAACUGACAAGGAGAAAGGAGGUUCCAUCCCAGAGGACAGGAAGACUGGGCAGAGCGCGGAGCCAUCAAUGUUGUCCCUCAUUUGUGAAGAGACUCCUAACACUGCACUUACCAGUCCAUGUAAACACAUGGGCUCAGCCAUGGGCCAGGGCUAUGGCCUAUGGGCAAGGACUUGCAAGGCCGUGCAGGCCAGACUUGGUGCCUUAACUCAAGAACCUUUGUGUGGUGUGUGUGUGUGUGUGUGUGUGUGUGUGUGUGUGUGUGUGUGAGAGAGAGAGAGAGAGAGAGAGAGAGAGAGAGAGAGGCACCAUGUGUCCCUGAAUCUACGGAAUGAACACAACACUUCUGAAGCUGGAUAAGCCAGGAAAGAGGGGGCAGGGAGCAAAUUGGAGGUUUUGAUUGUUGAGCUGGCCCCUCCUGUUUGAUGUCCCUGGGAAUCUAGUAGGAAAUAAACAGCCCUUUCAAGAUCUCUCAGCUACUUCACUCCCUGUAUACGUGGCAGGAGUGUAGCCUAAACGGGAGCACUGUUCUUAUUCUGAUGGUGGUGUGCUUUGGCACAUGAGCUCUGUGGGCACAUCAGCACCUGUAAAUACACAUACAGGGUAAGGUCUUUCAUUUCAGCCAUUUUCUCUUUCUAAGAAGAGCAACCUCAGCCAGAGUGAGUUGUUGCUGACUUUGCAGCUGAGUCUGAGGAAGAAAUGGCUUGCCAAAGUGGGGAGGUGGGAAACAGGGCAGGGCUCAGCUUCCCUCAACCCCUAAAGAAUGCAUCCUUUUGCCCACUCCUCCACCCCCUCUAUUUCCCCUAUGUGAAAAAUGCCUAAUGAAAGUUUUGGGGCACUCUCGGAUGUCCAUGUUGAGUGCUGAUUCUACCACUCUUGUCUAUAAGCUGUUUGAUUUUAAGUGAGCUGCUUAACCUUGUUGAGCCUGUUUCCUCAUAUGUAAAAUGGUGAUGAUAAUGCCUACCUCCCAGAUUGUUGUGGGAAUUAUAAGCAAAGAUGUGUGUAAAGUGCCUGGCACAAGUAGGUGCUCAAUAAAA